AUGAGUUGGAUUCUAACAUCAAAAGAUGACUGGAGUUCCAUACUAGUAGAAGAUGAAGAGUCUGAACAGCAAGUUGGACCCGUGGUUGACCAGCAGCCGAGUGAUGAAAAACCUAAACAAGAGGAGUCACCCUCUGAGAGUCAGGAUGUUACACCUGAAGAAGAGCAUGCAGAUGCAGGAGCACCUGAGGUUCAAGGGACUGACAUGGAAGCUGAUACCCAAGAACUGGCGAAACCAAUUAUUGGGCCUGAGGGUGGAGAUGAUCCUGAUGUCAUUGGACACGCUUAUGGAAAUCCAGAGCCCAUCGAAAUGCCAGAAACAGGGGAAGGAAAACCACCCAUUUAA